AUGUUUGAAAUAGAGUGCGAUGCCUCCGGGAUUGGCAUUGAUGCCGUCCUCAUGCAAGAGAAGAGGCCCCUGGCCAACUUUAGUGAGAAGCUCAGUGCAGCUACGCUAAACUAUCCGACCUACGACAAAGAGCUCUACGCUCUUACCGCUCUUAAGUGUAGGCACGCUAAGUGGCUUGAAUUCAUCGAGACUUUUCGGUACGUCAUUAAGUACAAGAAGGGAAAGGAUAAUGCCGUCGCUGAUGCAUUAUCUCGACGCCACACUCUGAUAUCGGUCAUGGAGACUCGGACGUUUGGAUUCGAGUACUUAAAAGAUCAAUACUGGACCGAUCCCGAUUUUGGUUCCAUCGUCUCCGAGUGCGGAAACGGUGCAUGGGGCCCGUUGUAUUUGCACGAUGGUUACCUCUUCCGCGACAAGCGGCUUUGUAUCCCUCAAGGAUCGAUGAGGAAUAUCAUUCUCCACGAGGCUCAUGGCGGCGCCCUCGCUGGCCAGUUUGGAGUUGAAAAGACAUUGGCCGCCAUACACGACCAUUUCUAUUGGCCGCACCUCAAGAGGGAGGUCUAA